GAACCGACUCGGAGCCGUUGAGACACUCGGAGCUCCGCUUUCCGUUUUCCGCUCGGCUCCCGCCCCGCUCCGCCAUCACACACACAAAAAAGCGGACUGAAUAGAGAGAGAAAAAAGAAAUGGAGAUGCUGGUGUCGGACAGAAGCGAAUUAAACGAAUGACACCAACGUAAUGAGCAGAAGUGACGAGGAUGGGAGCUGGAGCGGAGGGAAGCCGGGCGCUCUGAAGCGGUUCAGCCGUUUUUCAUUGAGGAUCAGCUGAUGGUGUCUCCUUAGCUACGGCCAGCGCCGCUUUUAGUCCGAAAAAACGCCAAUAUAUCCAGCUGCCAGUUUCUAUUCGGGCCACGAACGGCAUCAAAUGACGAGAAUCCAUGGCUCUCCCUUCAAAAGUGGCUAGUCGGUGCUGAGUGAAGACGGAGAAAAGGAAGAAAGGACCAGAUUUUUGCUCGCCAGGCCGAAGCGUUAGCUAGCAUUAGCUAGCUACGGUGGAGCCUGUAAACCACGGCGCUGGCCAUGCCGUCGAGUGUGCGGGCAGGGAGUUUGAAGGACCCGGAGGUGGCUGAGCUCUUCUACAGGGAGGACCCGGAGAAGCUCUUCACUGACCUGCGCGAGAUCGGCCAUGGCAGCUUCGGAGCCGUCUACUUCGCCCACGACAUCCGCACCAAUGAGGUGGUGGCUAUUAAGAAGAUGUCCUACAGUGGCAAGCAGUCUAACGAGAAGUGGCAGGAUAUUAUCAAAGAGGUGAAGUUCCUCCAGAAGCUGCGGCACCCCAACACUGUGGAGUACAGAGGCUGCUACUUGAAAGAGCACACAGCAUGGCUGGUGAUGGAGUAUUGUUUGGGUUCAGCCUCAGAUCUGCUAGAAGUGCACAAGAAGCCGCUGCAGGAAGUGGAAAUUGCUGCGAUCAUCCACGGUGCACUGCAGGGCCUGGUGUACCUCCACUCUCACAACAUGAUUCACAGGGACGUGAAGGCUGGAAAUAUCUUGCUGACGGAGCCGGGCCAGGUCAAACUGGGAGACUUUGGCUCUGCUUCCAUCGUCGCCCCCGCCAACUCGUUUGUAGGCACACCCUACUGGAUGGCUCCAGAGGUGAUCUUGGCUAUGGAUGAGGGCCAAUAUGACGGGAAAGUGGACGUGUGGUCACUCGGCAUCACCUGUAUAGAGCUGGCGGAAAGAAAGCCUCCCUUGUUCAACAUGAAUGCUAUGAGUGCCUUAUACCACAUCGCCCAGAACGAAAGCCCAGUCCUGCAGUCUAAUCACUGGUCGGAUUAUUUCCGUAACUUUGUGGACUCCUGUCUGCAGAAGAUUGCCCAGGACAGACCUACCUCUGACGUGCUGCUGAAGCAUCAUUUCCUGUGUCGGGAGCGUCCGCUGACCGUGGUGAUGGAUCUGAUCGCGCGCACUAAAGAUGCCGUGCGAGAGCUGGACAACCUUCAGUACCGCAAAAUGAAGAAGAUCCUCUUCCAGGAAACGCACAAUGGCCCUGCCGCCGAGGGCGCAGAGGAGGAGGAGGACGUGGAGCAGUACAUGCUGCGGACGGGGACGGUGAACAGCAUGGAAAGCUCCCAUUCUCUGCCCUCCAUGUCCAUCAGCGCCAGCUCCCAGAGCUCCUCUGUGAAUAGCCUGGCCGACGGCUCGGACGACAGCGGGGAGAUGGCCAUGAUGCAGGAGGGCGAACACACGGUCACCUCCAACAGCUCCGUACUGCACAAACCCCUGAGCCAUGACAACAUCUACGAUGACCCUUACCAGCCGGAGGUCGACUCUCAGCAGCAAGGCCCGUCUGGUGGAGGUGGCGGCCGCCGGCGCCGCGGCAGAGAUCACUUUGCCACCAUCCGGACGGCCUCGCUGGUGACGCGUCAGAUCCAGGAGCACGAGCAGGGUUCGGCGCUGCGGGAGCAGAUGUCUGGCUACAAGCGCAUGAGGCGGCAGCACCAGAAGCAGCUGAUGGCGCUGGAGAACAAGCUGAAGGCCGAGAUGGAUGAACACCAGCUGCGGCUGGACAAGGAGCUGGAGACGCAGAGGAACAACUUCGCCAGCGAGAGCGACAAGCUUGGAAAGAAGCACCAGGCUGUGCUGGAGAAAGAGACUAAGGGUUCUUCAACAGAGGAGAAGAAGUUCCAGCAGCACAUCCUGACCCAGCAGAAGAAGGAGCUCACCACCCUGCUGGACUCUCAGAAGCGUCAGUAUAGGCAGCGCAAAGAGCAGCUGAAGGAGGAGCUGAAUGAAAACCAGUCCACGCCGAAACGGGAGAAACAGGAGUGGCUGGUGCAGCAGAAGGAGUGUCUGCAGCAGAUCCAGGCAGAGGAGGAGGCAGGACUGCUGAGGCGCCAGAGGCAGUACUACGAGCUGCAGUGCCGCCAGUACAAGAGGAAGAUGCUGCUGGCCCGACACAACCUGGAGCAAGACUUGCUUAGAGAGGAACUGAACAAGAAGCAGACGCUGAAGGACCUGGAGUGUGCCAUGCUGCUGCGGCACCACGAGUCCACGCAGGAGCUGGAGUUCCGGCAGCUGGGCCUCGUGCAGCGCACUCGCGCUGACCUGAUCCGCACACAGCACCAGAGCGAGCUCACCAACCAGAUGGAGUACAACAAGCGGCGCGAGCAGGAGCUCCGCCAGAAGCACGCCAUGGAGGUCCGCCAGCAGCCCAAGAGCCUGAGAGUGAGUGAGACUGACGGCACAGAGCCUGCAGGGGAGGGACCUGAUGGUGUGGGGGCGGGGCCUCUACGGGAAGAGGCGGAGGAGGAGGUGGUGGUGGAUGAGAGUGGGUGGGACGGGGAUGAAAGAGUGAUGUAUGGAGAGUCCGCUCUAUCUGUGGAAGAGUCCAUGGCGGAAGACAGGGGUGACGAAGUUGACGGAAGUCAGAAAAGCAGCUUGAGUGAAGGGAGCGAUGCUGUGAGUAGAGAAGAUGAAGGAAGCCAUGUACAGGUGUUAACUGACGAGGGCAGGGAGAAAGAGGAUGAGGGAGAAAUGCUAGAAAUCGCCAAAGAGGAAAACGUAGACGAACUGAGCGAGAAGGUAAGCGGCAAAGAAUGGCAGGAGGACGAAAGUAAAGAAGGCGAAGACGAUCAGAGGCAGCUACGUGGGCUACGGUGGGACGAUGAGGACGAUUCAGGUAGCGAGACAGAGAUGGAGACCGAGGAGGAGAGGGAAGAGGGCAGGGGCGUGGCAGACGGCUGUCCGUCAGAGCUGAUCUCCGCCCCCUCUCUUGAGCACCGGCCUCACGUGCGUGAACGGGAAGUGGACGAGCUGUCUGAAUUUUACUUCCCCGACACUCUAGAGGAACUCGAGCCCCCUCCCAUUCUCCCUGUGCCCUCGCCAUCCUCUUCUCAGCCUUCCCUCCCUUCUCUUUUCUCCCACGCCAUCUGCCUUGUCCUCUCGCUCUCUGCGGCGGCUCAGCCGUCCGUGCCUACUCUCCUCGCCCUUUCUGUCUUUCUCCUCUCCCUCCGCCGCUCCCCGCCACUUCCUUCCCUCGCUUCAGUCCUCCUCUCAGCCGAACUUGCCUUCUUGGCCCUCUUCUUCUCUUACCUCUUCCUGCGUUCCCUCUGUUCCCUCUCUUUAACCACAUACUUAUCACUCACACUCUGGGCUUCAGGGCUGUUCAGCCUGGGCCUGUCGCUCAGCCUGGGUCUCUAUUACGUCCCAGUGGCCCUGAUCUCAGCCUUCUUCCUCAGUUCCCCUUCGCUGUUCCUCUCCCUCUACCUGGUAGUGGUGUUGGUGGUGCGGCCGGCCCGCGUGUUCCUCCAAGAUGCCCCGCGCAAGCUCCGGCGCCUGUGGGUACGGCUGCUCUUCCGCCUGCCCAAGCCCCUCUUCACCCUGUGCCAGUCGCUGCUGGGUGGCCUGGCCGAGCGCAGCCUCUACGAUAUGUUCCCCAAAGCUGGGCGCAACUGGGGCGGCAGACGCUCCAAGAUCCCGGUGCCCAUCAAGAGCCUCCCGGCCGAGUUUCAAGCCCAGAGCUUGGGCGCCGCCCUGCUGGCCCGGUGCCUGCUCUGGGCCCGGCGGUUCGUCCGCCGUCCCAUAGGGGUUUUGGCUGAUUUGGCCAACUCGGUGGUGCUUAGCCUAGCUAGCCGAGUGCUGAAAGAGCUUCCUCCACGUUAUCUGACCAAGCUGAGGGCUUUCGGGCUCUUGCGUGAGGAGAAGCCAAGCAAGCUGCCCCGGCUCCUGCCUCAAGCGGUGAGGGAGCAGAGGCGGAGGAUGCGGGAGAGGAGAGAGAGGGAGCGGCGGAGGAGAGAGGAGAGGGUGAGGGUGUACAGGGAGGACGGGAGGUGGGAGAGUGGGCUGAGGAGGACAGCUUCAGGGAGAAGCUUGAGGGGGAAGAUAGUGCCAUGGAGAUAGACGGAAACCAGUCAGAGUGAUGCGGAGAGCGUGAAACAGGUGGGCGAUAUGACGAUGAUAUUGUCAUUGCGAUUAGCUUUUCUGACGAUAUCUUGGGUACCUGGACAACUGCGUGUUCCAUUUAAAAGAGGUUUUGAUAAGGCUCCCAAAGGGUGCCGCUGUGUAAAGUAUUAUUUGGACGGGAUUAGUUUUACAUGGUUGGGUAAAGUACUGUAAGCACAUGGUGUCCGUAAUGUUGAUGACCAAUUAGGACUGGAUAAGAAGACUUGGUAUAAAUCACAGAGAUGGGAUUACUCGAUCUAUGCAUGGUGUUAUGGUAUUAUGCACACCAAAAAAGUCUCAUAUGUAAUACUUCCAGCUUCUUACAAGUAGAAAACAAGUAGAAAACAUGUCUAAACAUUUAAUCGUCAUAAUUUCAUUACCUGUAACCAUCUGCCUACCUGCCUUAAGUGACUGUAAUGUGUCAUUAGCGUCAUCUUUAGCUUGGUAAGUUACAGCGGUCAGUCAGCAUCACUGUGUGAGAUCAAAUGCUUUACUCUUAUGUUUUAAUAUUCUGGUUCAUACACUUUUAGGUAGAACAAUAUUUAUUGGCUUGAUUUGGGUAACAGAGAAUACACGUCAGUGCUUCUCUAAGUGCCUCCUUACUUCAGAAAAACUGUAAAAACAGGAAGUGAUGAAAUAUUUACUGAUAAACAGAAUUAAUGUAACCUGGGGUUAUUUCAGCAGAUGGUUUUAUUGCAUGGGAUUAAUAUAAUAUGGGUUAUUUUUUCAACGGUCUGUUUUGUAGUACACUCUUAAACUGGUUCUAUAUAGAACCAUGAACACUUAAAUAACCGUUUGCAUGAUUAAAGGGUUCUUUGCAUUGUGAAAAGAGUUCACAUUGAUGGAGAAUGUGCUGUAGAUGGUUCUAUAUAGAACCUUUUUGAAAAGGAUUGUGUGUAGCACCAAAAAGGGUUUUCCUACUGUUACACUCUUAAAAAAAAGAUGGUUCUUCAAGGGUUCUUUUGUAAGGAAAAUAGUUCUUUAUAGAACCAUGAACACUCGAAUAAUGUGCUGUAGAUGGUUCUGUGAAGAACCUUUAUGGAAUUGUUCUAUGUAGCCCCAAAAAGGGCUCUUCUAUUUACGAUGUCAAGCUUGUAACAAUAGAAGAACCCUUUUUGGUGCUAUGUAGAUCCCUUUGUAGACCAUCUAUAGCACAUUCAUGCACAUUUUCAUCAAACUGAGGAACUCUUUCAAGAUGCAAAGAACUGUUUAAUCAUGCAAAGGGUCUAUGAGUGUUCAAGGUUCUAUAUAGAACCAUUUUCUGUACUGAAGAACCCUUGAAGAACCAUCUUUUUAAGAGUGUAGGUGAAAGCUCCUGGAGUUCAGAGGUCACAGUACUUAAAAAUGACAUGUGGAGAAAGGCUGGUAGAAACUGCUUUACCCCCAUCAUGAAAAGCCAGUCCUGUCCGAAUAGCACCGACGGCUCUGCCCCGUCGUUGGGAGACGCAGUCUGCGUGUUUUUGACAGCGUGUUUUAAAUGCGAUGGUCUUUUUCACCUGAUCAGACCUCAGAAAAGCUACUUAUCGAGAUACACAUCACGUAUUGUGAAAGUCUAUCAUAUGUUUCUGCCACCUGUACUGUGAAAGAAAGAAGUUGCCAGAGUGCGUGUUGUCCGUGUGGGUGUGCACUUUCAUUUCCAUCCAUUUCAUCCAUUCAUCUUUUCCUACAUUCUUUUUUUUCUUCUUUUUCUCCUCCCAAAUCCACUCCUUGGGACCACUCCCUCUUCCCAUCCCAGUCCCAAAACACAAAGCGUGGCACACCCUGACUGAAUCUCCACUCCACUUUAUUCACCUAUUUUCUGUCCAAACUCGCAUAUUCACUGUUUUUCCUCCAGUGAAUAUGAAGUAUUAGUCAAGAUGUGCUUUUUGUAAAAGUUUUAUUAUUUUUGCCAUUGAAUUGUUUUUUUUUUUUGUUUGUUUUUUUUGUUUGUUUUCUUAAUUAAUAAGAGUAAUGUCUUAUGGUUGUUGUUUCAUGACCAUGUUUGUGCAAUCUUUUGUUCUGUUUGGUUUUUCUUUCUCCAUUUUGUGUUUGUGUGUGUUUUGAGGAAGUCUUACGAUUCAGAGAAGCAGGGCUCAUUUCAAAAAGGCCGUCUGAGAAGGUUGCCGUACGCCUGAAACAGAAGCCAUCACUGCGUUUGCUGGUUAACCAACCAGUUUUUCUGCAGCGCCCACUGGGAAAACUGUACUGUAUUAUCCAGCUGUUCACACUAUGCAGCCCCUGAAACACUACAGAUGUAGUUUGUAUUGAAGUGCAAUAGUUUCCACCUAGAAAAAGACUUGACCUGAAGACAUCUGUGUGGCUUUUCUUUGGAAGUGGGGAAUAAGCUGCAGUCUUUUCAGAAAGAAACGAGUUUCAACCGAAGGCCAUCGACGUUCAGACACUUUGCUAAUAAAAUGAUCCAGUGUUUAGUGGCAAGACUUCAAAUUCCCAGAAAUAUAGGAGCCAAAAAUGAAGUUGAAUUACUGGUUAGCCUGAUCUUAAAGGGAACACUGACUGUUAAGACACGUCUGUGUGGCCUACAUGUCCAAUGCUUUAAAAAUAUGUUGGAUAAACUGAGCAAAAUACUUGGUAAAUUUCUUAAAAUAGUAAUAAUCUCUACUAGUGAGUUGACGUUUUUGUUGCAGCAUCAAACGAUUGUGCUCUGUUGAGCGAGAAACAAGCUGAAUAUCUCAUUUAACUGAAAUAUAUCAUUAAGCCUUUCCAACUUUAGCUAGAGCGCAUCGUUUUCCUGGAGUGGCAACACUUUACAUUAAUUAAAUGAUAAAUAUAUAUUAAGUAAUGAAAUACUCAUUAUUUAUAUAUUAAUUAACUACUCAUUAAGCAUAAGUUACUGAUUAAGUACUCAGUACUUAGUGAGUACACUGUUAACUGAUAGUUUAGAUUGUCCUUAUUUCACAGCUUAAUUACUCAACAACUGUACUAACUGCUGCUUACUGAACUGUUAAUGAGCGAACUAUGUUUACUCAAAUAACAUGAGAACUAAAGUACUUUUGUGUUAAGGACUUAACAGACUAAAUGUUAAUUGAUGAUGUACGCAUAUUGUCCGUUUAAGGACACUUAAACGAAUAGAGAGAAAUUAAGAUGUCUGUAACGUGUCAAGCCUUAAUUGUAGAGUUCACAGUAUAGUAACGAGAAUAAUCACUUAACUGGGAAGGAAACAAAGUGCCAGUUAAUUACAUUAAAUCACCAGAUUAAUUAACAGAUAAUUAAUGGGUUGUUAGUUCUGAUGUUACGUUUUUAUAUCAGUAAACGCCCUUAUCAGCUCGUUAACAGUUUAAUAAGCGGCAGUUAGUACACAGUUAAUGAGUAAUUGAGCUGAGCUAAAGAUAAAAGAGAGUUUAGUUUAUUAGUACUCCAUUUUAUUGAUUAAUUAUUUAUUAGUAUUUAAUAGGAUUGGACUUGUACACCAUUUUAAGGCAUACAAGUCUUAACAGUCAGGUUUCCCUUUAAAUCAGUGCUCGUAGUCCAGGAGCUGUAUUACAGAAAACACCUAUCUAUUUGUCUUAAGAUCUGACGGGUCAAGAUAAGAUUUUUCACGAAUUCGCAUUACAGAAACGAAUCUUAAUUUAGGAAUCUUAUCUUACAGCAUCUUAUCUCACGUUAGUAAAUCCUAAACUAGUUGAUUGAAGUCGACAAUCAACUGUCAUGUCUGUUACCUAGCAACCAACCGUACGCACACAGCUGAAAUGUAAACACGUAAUCAAAAUAACGUUAAAAUUUUAGUUAGCUGGACAGCCGCCAAAACCGAUGA